GGAAGAAAAUCACUGAGUCAAAAUUGAAAGUGGGUCAUGUCUAUCUUACGGCUAUCACACACUUGUGAAGAGAAUGCGUUAAAGAUUAAUUAACACAUCCUUAAAUUAGUCAUACUUCAACGCUAUGUGAGAUUAUAAUUUUUAAGGCUAUUUGUUUAUGGAUUACGACAAAAACGGGAAGUAAAUAUUUUUUUCGUAUGUAAAAUAUCUCCUUAAAGAUGAACUUCACGUCGAAAUCAGACGGCUAUACGUCUUUGUCGUGCACUGCCGGGGGUUUCCCAGCAUCCCUGUCGCUAAGAGAAUCAGGAAACGAUAAGUAUUUAGCCCGAGUAAUCAAUGGCAAAAACAAGGAAGUUAUUUCAUGGAUCUAUUUUUUCAAUGAUGUAGACUGUAAUAAAAAAAGAACAUAUGAGUGUGUACAAGUAGAUAAUACAGGCGAAACAUCUUCAAAAUACAUCGACGUUACACAUGAAAACUGCAAAGAUAUGAGCUAUGCGUGGAUUAUUGCUGUUGCUAUAGAGGCGCUGAUUGUUAUCACAUUCCUGAUACUGGUCUGUGUUGUACUGAUAAAGCGAGCAUUACAUCUCAGAAGCAUUCGGAAUAGAGUAGUGAUCCACGAAAAAGUGACUUCAAGGGAUACAACUAGCAGUCAAAACAGGCCAAGUUUGAUCAUAAAAGGUUUUAGAAACAUAAACCAAAAGGGACCAAACCCGGUAGCACAAAGUAGUCGAGCCGCGCCAACUAAUCGCAAAAUCGCAGACAAACGUCCGGCGGAGUGUAAUCGAUUACUGCAAUCAGACGACGAUAAUCUUCCAACAAGGCCGGUAAUAAAAAAUACAGUGAAGUCUAAUGUUAUUUUAAGCGGGGCAUCAGGAGUACCUCCCCCUGAUUACUCAUCUAGUCAACCAUUGCUAGCAGAGACCAGAAAUGAACACUUUGGUGUGCAUUACAAGAAUAUUUCAGAAAACGUAUACAACGAAAUCGGCAGCGAAGACACGUCCAUGCGACAUGGACAGGCUUUCGCUGAACCAACAGCAAACCACAAUGGAAGAACUGAUGAUCUAGAAGACGAUAAUGUAGACGAAAACCUGUACAACGAAAUUGGUAGCGAAGAUGCAUCAAUCCGACAGAUACACGCUUUCACUGAAGCAACGGCAAACCACAGUGGAAGAACUGAGGACCUACAAGAUGAUAAUGCAGAGAAGAGUGUGUACAAUAAUGUCGGUAGCGAAGACGCAUCAAUGCCACAGAGACAGGCCGUCAAUGAAGCAACAGCAAAUCACGGUGGAAUAACCGAUGAUGUACAAGAUGAGAAUGUGUACAAUGAAAUCGGCGAGGAGGAGAGGACGUCUUUAGAAAUUCGGAACUCGCGAAUCAGACAGGUACAUUUCGAUGAGAACUACAUUACACCUGUGGAUCUUGAGGGGAAACUUCUGUAA